UUCUCCUCUUUCGUAGCCCAAAUAUAUCAACUUUUAAAGUAAAAUCGAAGUAUUUACUAAGCGAAAGUAAUGCCUUAAGUUUUGGAAAAGCUUAACUCAAAAUUUUGUUGAGAUUAGGCCUGCUCACCUGAACUGAACUGACUUCAGAUCAAGAUGGGUAUUGGUGUCAAGGAUGUUAACCAACAUGAUUUUAUAAAUCGUCUUGCUGCUUUCUUAAAGAGAAGUGGAAAGAUGAAGUUGCCUGAUUGGAUGGAUAUUGUAAAGACUGGUCCGUACAAGGAACUGGCUCCAUACAGUGAAGAUUGGUUUUAUAUAAGAGCAGCUGCAUUGUGUAGAAGAAUGUACAUGAGAGCUCCUUUGGGUGUUGGUACUGUGAAGAGAGUUUAUGGUGGCAAUCAAAGAAAUGGAACUGCUCCAAGUCACUUCUCUCAAGCUUCUGGAGGUGUAGCAAGAAAAAUUUUCCAAUCUUUAGAAGGAGUGAAAAUGGUGGAAAAAUCCUCUUCAAGAAAAGGUAGAAUCUUGACAGCACGUGGACGCCAACAUUGUGACAUCAUUGCUGCCCAAGCAUACAGAAAAGCCAAGGGAAAAAUAAGGAAGCGAAAACGAGUUUUACCAAAAAAGGGUGUCUCUAAAAAAGCUAAAGGAUCGAAACCUGUAAAGAAAUAAACUUGUUACUUUAACAUGUGAAAUAAAAAAAAUCAGAAAAAUUGUCUAAUUAUGUCCUUCAUUAUAAACCAUAGGAAUGCAUCAUCAAUAUUCAAAGAGUUUUAUGUUAUGUGUUUGAAAGGAUAGAACCAAUUACAGCUUCAUGUAAUAACUAUAUCACAAAAGAAUUAUAUAUUUCUUCCUUUGCCCAUAUUGACCUCAAAGAUUUUUCAGCUUGUAUUAUUUCUAUCCUGUAAAACAAUACAUUAAACCUUUUCAAAAUAUUUUCAAGAAAGAUAAUACCUCCAGCCCCUUUUUUUCGUUACUUUUAUGAUGUUACAGCAUUGCUGAUCUUAUCUGUAUUGCGCCACGGCUAUUUAGCUGUACAAAUAUAUCCAUUCAUGGGAUGUAUAUGUAUUUGUCGAUAUCACACCCGAGUUGUGGGUCAGGCCAGAUUUGUUGGGCAUGUCUGCCUGUCAGAAUCAUAAUAACUUCAGGAAAUUCUUCCAUAUUGACUCAGAAAGGAACUCUUUGCAAUAUGUGAAAAAUCAUAAAAUAUUUAAUUGGUUAGUUAAAGUCUUUGGUUAAAGUCUUUGGUUUUAUACGGCCACAUGAAAUGGGGGGUGUAUAUUGUCGUCACCCUGUCCGUCGUCCGCAAUUGCUCGUAAACACUUUAGAAGGCACAAUUCUUGAAGGAUUUCAAUGAAACUUGGUACGGUUGUUUGUAAUCACCCAAGGAUGAACCCUAUUGCAAAUCAGAAAAUCGAAUAAUAUUUAGUAUGGGUUAUUGGCUUGUUCUUAAAACGCUUGUAAACACUCUGGAUGUCACAAUUCUGGAUGGAUAUUGACGAAAGUUUGAAGUGUUUGUAAUCACCCAAGGAUAAACCCUAUCGAAAAUCAGAAAAAUUGAAAGCACAAAUCUUGACGUAUUUAGAUGAAACUUUGUAUGAGUGUUAGUAAUCAUCCAAGGAUGAACCCUAUUGAAAAUCAGAAAAAUCGUUGGUUUGAGUUAUUGCCCUUGUUAAUGAAAAUGCAUUCAAUUUGUAGCACGUAAACAUUCUAGAAGGCACAAUUCUUGAUGGAUUUUGACGAAACUUGGUAAUAUUAUUCAGUAUCGCCUCAAUAAGGUCAAAAGAAGUGUAUGUCUGAAGGUUGAAUAUUUCAUACUGGUAAUUGUUACUGUACUGCCAAAUAUUUUUAAUUAAAAUCAAAGCUUCCAGUGGGCGUAUAUUACCUUGCCUGGAAAGCUAUCUUAGUUAUUGCCCUAGACAUCUGAAAAACACAUCAAAAAUUGUUUGUGAACACAAUAGAGACUACAGUUUUUAUCUGAUUUCAAUGGAAUUUUCUGUGAACAUUUAUAUUGAUUAGAUCUUAGAAAAUUUGAAUUUGACGUUUUUUAAUUAUUGUCAUUGACUUAGAAAAACGCGUAAAAAUCUUUUCGUAAACACAAUAUAGUUUUUAUACACCCACAUGGAAAUGUGGACUUAUAUUUCCGUCGCCCCUGUCCGUCCGUCCGUCCGUCCGUCGGUCCGUCCGUCCACAAUUGUUGUUUGCACGAUAGAGGCUACAGUUUUUAUCUGAUCUUGAUGAAACUUGGUAUGCAUGUAUAAAUUGAUGACAUAUCGAUCAAGAAUGGUGUUAGAGUUAUUUCAUCCCCUGAUUUUAAAAACGCUUCAAAUUUGGUUUGUAGUCACGAUAAAGGGUGCAGUAUUUAUCUGAUCUGGAUGAAACUUGGUAUGCAUGUAUAUUAUUGAUGAGAUCUCAAGUUAAAAAAUGGAAAUAAUUAGAUGCAUGAUUUUUUAGUUAUUGCCGUUGAAUUAAUUCAAUGCUUUAAAUUAGUUACAAUUGGAUGAUUGGAUUCACAUAUUAAACCAGACUUUAUCAUUUCUGACAGCUGGUAGUGGGCGUAUGUUACCAUGCUUGGCAAGCUAUCUUUAAUCAAUAACUAAAUAAAUAAUUACAAAUGCAAUAUUUAAAAUG